AUGAUGAGCCAACGUUCGGAAAAGCCGCCGUGUAGCGUUUGUGGAGAGGUCGGGAAUGGUAUUCAUUUUGGAGCUGAAGCCUGUCGAGCCUGCGCCGCAUUCUUCCGUCGUUCCGUCGCACUUCACAAGGAAUACAGAUGUCGUGGGAUGGGGAAUUGUGACAUUUUAUCCACUAUCCGCUGUAUGUGUAGAGCAUGUCGCUAUGCCAAGUGUCUGAAUGUUGGGAUGAAAAAAGAAGCUGUCCAAAAAUUCCGAGACUCCUAUGGCAAACGUGGCUCCGACGUAGAAUGUGCAAGUACCUCCAACCCCAUGGGUUUCGGUUUUGGCUACGCGCCGUCGAGUUCGAGUACAAGUCCGUUGGGAAGUGUUGAGGAAGGUGGAAUGCCCAUUUUAAUGACUUUGGAUUCCAAUUAUUCGAGAUUGGUGGAAGUGAGGAAAGUGGUGCAUCAGUUGGAUGGGAGCAGUGUUUUUCAGCCCCGCCUCCCUCGAGCCGUCACUUAUAAAGAAGCAAAUCAAGUGAGUUCCAAGGAAUGUGACCUAGUAGCUGAUUGGAUUUUGAAUUCGUACCCAGGAUUCGCAGAUUUAGCCAAGGAGCAGAAGAAAAUAUUAUUCAGAAACUUUUUCCUCCCAUUUGUGAUUCUACAAGGCGGUCAUUUCGCAGUGGAGAAAAAGCGCAACGACGUCAUCUACCUGGCAUCUGGAGACUAUAUCGAUUGCUCACACCCUGAAACCUUCUAUUAUGAUCCAGAUGGACGUCAACUGAUGUCUUCUGAAGACGCCGUCAGAAUGUUUGCAUCGUCUUUUAGCAAUUAUCGUAGAAAUGUGACGGAUCCGAUGUUAAGAGAUGAAGUGGAUCGAAUGGAAUUCUUUGCACUUUGCUCGUUGGUUCUUUUUGAUACAGGACUCGAAGGACAAUCUGAAGAAUGUAUAGUACUGUCGAGAAGGAUUCGAGAAGCGAUACAAAGGGAAAUUCUGUAUUAUUAUAGAAAUAACAGGAGAAUUGAGGAUCCAUCCAUGAGAUUGGCCAAUUUAUUGUCCCUUCUUCCAGCGUUACAGCGCGCCACUCGUCGAUUCCAAGAAGACGUGGAAAUCAGUCACGUCUUCAAUGUGUACUCAGUGGAUGAGAAGUUCUAUGAGAUGUGCAAUGGAAGAUUUUGA